AUGGAUAUCAAAUUUAAAAUUAAGAAUUAUGAACAAUCUUUGAAAUCUCAAUUCAUUCUUUCUUCUAAUAAAUACUCAACACUAACUUGUGGAAACCACAAAUUCUUAUAUAAAAAUGACGCUGGGAUAUCAAUUUCAAAACGAUUUGAGAUCAUUUGAAUAUGAAUUGGAUUUAUUGGAUUGUUAUAAUCCUGUUGUUGUCACAAGCGCACUUUGAGGAACAGCUGUCCGACGAGGAAGCAACUGAUGAGGAAGUCAACGUCGACGACGACGUCUCAGUCUCAAUCUCAACGACGACGCAAUGCAACUUGGAAAGGUCCACAGACAUGGACAUGGACUUGGUUGUCGCAAAGAUGGCAGCAAAGGCGGCACAGGAGGCCACAGCAGCCAACGAUGAGCAAUCGCAUGCCGCUGCCUUGGCCUCGAAGCAGGUGAAAAUGCAGUUGGCUGAGAAGGCGAAGCAAGCCUCCAAGUCCGUGCAAGCGGUUCUCACCUGUAAGCGAGCCUUUGUCAACGCCUUGCACGAUGAGCUGCGUUCGGCGGAAGCAUUUAGCUCCCAAGUGCGCACUUCGCUGCAGCACACCGAGUGCCACAGACAGAAGGUCGAGCAUGGCAUCAAGGCAUCGAGUGAGCACAUCAAGCGACUCGCUCACUUGAGGGAGUCGCUCAAUCGCAACAUUUGUGGCGGCAUCGGCAACUUGGGCAAGUUGCUGCAAGCUGGCUGCAAUGAGAAGCGUCAAAUGCUUGCGACCGCCAAGCGACGCAACAAUCGCCUCCAAUCCCAAAUCGAUAACAUGCGUCGCGGCUGCGAUCAGAUCAAGGCGGCGGCCUAUCAAGCGGCUCGUGCUGCUGUCGAGGCCAGGCAGAAAGCCGAGUCAGCAGCUGAACGGAGUUGUCAACAAAAUAAUGGCAUACAAAUCCAGCACCGAUUCGAUUAAGUGAAGAAGAAAGCUUCCAUGUGCUUUUGAGCUUUUGCAAGUUCAUUGUUAAUAUUUUAAAAAUUUGUGAAACUUAUUUAUAUUGAAAUUUGUGUUAAUUAAGCAACAUUGAGUAAGCUCUCCAAUAAUCUUAUUAAAGAAUUGUAUUUACUCA